GCCAGAAAACAAGAAGAAGCAAUUACGGAAGUGCGGCUUCCAAAGAUAUUCCCCGUAGGAAGAAUAUAAUAGAAUAGGGCGCCUACAUUGCAUUUAAACAAAUUAAAUCUUGAGCCAGCCAUUUCUUAAGAAGACAAUGGGCACUAGAGAUGACGAGUAUGAUUAUUUGUUCAAAGUUGUCCUUAUCGGUGACUCAGGUGUGGGAAAAAGUAACCUGCUCUCUCGUUUUACCCGCAAUGAGUUCAACCUGGAGAGUAAGAGCACCAUUGGAGUCGAGUUUGCUACACGCAGCAUCCAGGUGGAUGGCAAGACAGUAAAAGCCCAGAUCUGGGAUACAGCUGGCCAGGAGCGCUAUCGUGCCAUCACAUCGGCGUACUACCGCGGGGCUGUGGGGGCUCUCCUGGUCUACGACAUCGCCAAGCAUCUAACUUAUGAGAAUGUGGAGCGCUGGCUGAAGGAGCUGAGAGACCACGCUGACAGCAACAUCGUUAUCAUGCUGGUGGGCAACAAGAGUGAUCUACGUCACCUCCGGGCUGUUCCCACUGACGAGGCCCGAGCUUUUGCUGAGAAGAAUGGUUUAUCUUUUCUGGAGACAUCGGCUCUGGACUCCACCAAUGUUGAGACAGCCUUCCAGACCAUUCUGACAGAGAUCUACCGUAUUGUUUCCCAGAAGCAGAUGUCAGAGCGUCAGGAGAGUGACAUGUCCCCGAGCAACAAUGUGGUCAACAUCCAGGUGCAGCCCACCGAGAACAAACCAAAGAUGCAGUGCUGUCAGAACAUCUAG